AAGCCGUUUUAGCAUUAAAUACACCUUCCCGUACUAGUCAUAAAUCAGUUUUGACUAGUCAUAAUUCCAGUUCCAGAUAUCCCUUCUGCAAUUUUGACUCGUCGUAAUUGCAAUUAAGAUAUCUACAAUGUGAUUGUGACUAGUCAUAAUAUGCAUUGAAGAUAUCUGCAAUUUUAAUUUGACUAGUCAUAAUAUACAUUACAGAUAUCUACAAUGCUUUUAUGACUAGUCAUAUUCUUCCAUUGACUUCAGUUGGAAAAUAUUUUCAGAUAUCUACAAAUGAGUUUUGACUAGUAGAAAUUGUAAAUAAACAUAUCUGUAAAAAAUUUAUUUCCGCUGGAUUUCUAAUUAGAGAUAUCUAAAAUUAUAAUUUGCACUAGUGGCAAUUCAAUUAGAGAUAUCUCUAAUUUAAUCGUAACUAGUGCAAAUUAUAAUUUUAGAUAUCUCUAACUGGGUUUUGUCUAGUCAUAAUCAAAUUGGAGAUAUCAUUAAUUCAUCGUUUUUAAAGAUAUCCAGAAAUACAUAUGUAGAUAUCUUUAAGUAAUUUAUUACUAGUCAAAUUACAGUUGUAGAUAUCUUGAACUGGAUUUUUGACUGGGCAAAACUUAAUUAGAGAUAUCUUGAAUUGGAACUCAUCCUAGUCAAAACUCAUUUAAAGAUAUAUUCAAUUUAAUUAUAGAUAUCUCAGUCUGCUUUUUGACUAGGAGGAUCUUUCUUUGGAGAUAUCUGCAUUCAGCUUUGUGACUAGGAAGAAUUUCAGUGUAGAUAUCUUGAAUGAACAUUCUGACUAGUCGAAAUUAUUUUAUAGAUAUCUUAAUUGUGUACUCAAACCACCCCUUUGCUAAGCCCCGCCUUUUCUAAACAUUUUGUCUUCAGGAGCGCGCCAAAAAAUCUCAGAACGGCAACGCCAACGGCCUGACCUGGUUUUCAGCCUACCAUGUCAUCAGAUCAAGAGAUGCCGCCAGCGAUCUUUGACAGAAUUUUUAACAGCAUCUCAAGAGCCAGACAGCAGCUCUCAGCUAACACUAAUAACAACCUCCUUACUUCAACUAGACGCCUUUUCCGGCGUCGGGUCCAAGGACUUCACAGACCACCGGGAAGGCAAGAAAAUUCUGUCUGGCAAAUACACCUUUUCCUCCUCUCUGGCCCAGAUAUUGAGAUUUUACCAUCUGCAACAGAGCUUGAACGGGUUGCGAACAUGGGAUUGGGUAGACCACUGCAUGAAACAACAGGGAGAGGAAUCCAACGAUCAAAAAUUCAAUUAAAUUGGACUCUGUCUGAAUUAAACAAUUUUGUCUGCCAAUGCUACCCAACUGUGAAUUUAAACUUAAUAGGUUUUCAUUUGGCAAGAGCAGGAAAAGGACGGAAGAUAGAAAAAGUGCAUGCAAAUAGUGUGAAAGACCUAAAAAAAGCAAUUGGAAAGAGCAGGCUCUAUAUAGUUCCAAGAGCUGAAGUUUCACAGGUAAUGACACCAUCCACAGCCAUUCCCCAGAACUCACAACAAUCAUCCAGCACUACAGCACUUGAUGAAACCUCCUUCAGUGCGGAGACUACAGAAUCUGUAAAUCUGUGUGUAAUGACACCAUCCACAGCCAUUCCCCAGAACUCACAACAAUCAUCCAGCACUACAGCACUUGAUGAAACCUCCUUCAGUGCUGAGACUACAGAAUCUGUAAAUCUGUGUGAGUGGCGAGCUGUACGUUCCCAGCAAGAUGAAGAAUAUAAUGCUUCUUUGUUGGCAGAUAUAGAAAAGGACAGAAGGAGGCGCUGCUAUGAGGUUCUGGAAGAAAAGCGCAAAAAGGCCAUUGAGGAAAGACGCCAGCGAAUGGCAGCCCGUGUUGAACCUCUAGAUGGAGAAUAUCUGAAAGCCAAAUAUCCAAAUGGAGAUGUGAAUAAGAGGAAGUUCAUCAUGUCUGAUCCAAUUCAAGUCUUGUUUGAUUUUAUUGGAAAAGAUGAAAUGGCCAGUGAGGUGUUCAGAAUCCAGGAAGCUACUUCUUCAAAUGCUAUAGAGAGCACUUCUACUGGGUCAAUUUCAGAUCAUGGAAUCAAACCGUUCUGUACAUUGUAUGUCCUUUGGACAUCACCUUUUGAUAAUCUGGAAAAAGACUGUGACCCUGUAAAUGUUGCCCAGCCUCCAGUGGAUUCGCCCUUUGUUCAGUCUUCAGUGGCUCUAUCCCCAGUGGCUCUAUCCCCAGUCCAGACUCCAGUGGCUCUAUCCCCAGUCCAGACUCCAGUGGCUCUAUCCCCAGUCCAGUCUCCAGUGGCUCUAUCCCCAGUCCAGACUCCAGUGGCUCUAUCCCCAGUCCAGUCUCCAGUGGCUCUAUCCCCAGUCCAGACUCCAGUGGCUCUAUCCCCAGUCCAGUCUCCAGUGGCUCUAUCCCCAGUCCAGUCUCCAGUGGCUCUAUCCCCAGUCCAGUCUCCAGUGGCUCUAUCCCCAGUCCAGACUCCAGUGGCUCUAUCCCCAGUCCAGUCUCCAGUGGCUCUAUCCCCAGUCCAGUCUCCAGUGGCUCUAUCCCCAGUCCAGUCUCCAGUGGCUCUAUCCCCAGUCCAGUCUCCAGUGGCUCUAUCCCCAGUCCAGUCUUCAGUCGCUCUAUCCCGAGUCCAGUCUCCAGUUGCUCUGCCCUCUGUACAGCCUUCUGUGGCUUUGUUCACAGCCCAGACUCCAUUCAUUCAUUUUAAUUUUGAAGACCAACCUACAGAGCCAAUUGUCAUUGAUAUUGAUGAAGAGACACCACUUAGUUCUCCAUCUCCCCAGCAAUCAGACAUUGUAGAUCUAUCCCUAAUAGAUCAAGGGAGGUCUGUGGCCCUAGAUGAGGUUGACCUACAGACCAUUCUAAAAAAACUGCAAAGCAAAAUUGAUGGAAACAUUUGCCCAACAGCAAACCAAAUAAAUGUGUUCAGAGAAAACAUACUACAGUGCAGCCUGCAAGCUGUCAAGCGGCGACGAUUCAACCCACAAGCAAAAUUAGAUGUAGUGUUUGUUGAUGCUGAGGAAAAUGGGGAAGGGGCAAUAGAUGAAGGCGGCCCUACUAGAGAAUACUUGCGGUUGUUGAUGCGGGCCAUCCAUCAAUCAAAUGUCUUUCAGGGCCAUGAGAAAGACCGGAGUUUGGCUCUAGACACACAAGCUUUGGAGAAUAGGUUGUAUGCAUCAGUGGGGAAGAUGAUUGCUAUGUGUGUCGUCCAUGGAGGAGUUGGCCCACAUUUCUUCUCCGAAAGGCUUUUUCAGCAGAUCUGUGGUAUGCCAACAUCCUCUGCCUCAGUGGAUGAGGUUGGAGGUCAUACAUUGAGGGAGCAACUAAUCAAGAUACAGGAAGCAACAACUGUUCAGGAGGCAAAUUGUGCCAUUGCAGAAGCAGCAGACAGCUUAAGUAUCAUUGGUGCCUUGAGAUAUACAUCACACCUGACAGAAAGGAACUCUCUUGUCCAGUCAGCUGCAGAGUUCUUUGUGAAUGGGAGACUGCGAGCUGCCUUGGACCAGUUUUCAGAAGGGUUGCAAACUCUCGGUUUGCUGGAAGAGAUGCAGAAAUAUCCUGCACUUUUUUAUGACAUGUUCGUCAAUGAGCAGAGGCCCCUUCAAGCAAAGGACCUCUGCAGUCUUUUUUAUGUGAACUUUUCCCCACAAGGCAGCAACAGAAGGGCAAAGGAAAACCAGACCAUAUGCUACUGGAGGGACUGGUUGAUCGAUGUUGAAGAGGGAGAGACUGAUGGAGUCACUCUUGAGAUGAUAAUGGAGUUUGUCACUGGAGCCUCCACAGUGCCACCUCUGGGUUUCCCCCACCGCCCAGAAAUAGAGUUCCUCCAUCAAGACAGGAAAAUCUUUCCAGAGGCCAAUACUUGCCUCAUUAUACUGCGACUGCCGAUACACACAGAAUAUGAAAUGUUCAAGACCUACAUGACAGAGGGAAUCAUACAGAGCCCAUAUUUUGGUGUUGCCUGAAAUGGUUAAAUCUAGAACUGCAUCCAUAAUGGAUGGGGUUUUGUUGCAUUGUGGUGAGUUUGUAUCUGUUGCUAAAAGGAGUUUUAGCCCAAAUAUGAAAAUUGUCACUGUUCACUCACCCUCAGAUGGUACCAAUUAGUUAGUUGGUUAUUAGUUUCUUUGUUUUUGCUAUGAAAAGAAGAAUGUUAAUUUUUCCUUUUUUAAAGGAAUAGUUCAGCAAAGAAAAUAAAAGGUUGUCAAUGAUUUAUGACUUACAGAAGUCUCAUCCUUUAAAGGGUUAGUUAGUUAAUUAGUAUCCCUUUAACCUUUAAUAUUAGCCUACCUUUUUACACAAAGUAAUUUUAGGUAGUUACAACUGAGUACAGCUUUUAUAAAUUUAAAGUUUCAUUUAAGAAGCACCUUGAAGUCAAAUAUGUUUGAGAUGGGCAUCCAUUGCAAAAUAAAAUGCAUUGUUCUCUGCAUUAUG